CUGAAUCAACCAAAAUUCAUCUUAACACUCUUGGGUGGCAAGUUGCGUAGGUGUAUUUAUAAUGACGUUUUUUAAGUUAGUAUUAAGUAUAAUCCUAACAGUUAAUUAUGUAGGGAGUAUCCAGGUGAGGGUAGACCCGUUGGUACUGAUCAAUCAAGGGUUAGUGAGGGGAGAAAAGUCUAUAAGCGGUGAUUCAUCGUUUCUCGGAAUUCCUUACGCUCAAGUGGAUACAGCUAACCCGUUUGGGGCUUCUCUACCCGCCCCCGACUUUGAUGGUGUGUUCAACGCCAAUCGUGCUGGAAUUAAAUGUCCUCAAAUAAGUGACAAAGAAGUUGGUAAAGACCGAGUUAUCAGUGGAUCCUUGGACUGUCUGACUCUGAACGUCUUCGUGCCAUCUAAAGCCAGUGUGAAGAAUCCUCUACCCGUGCUGUUCUACAUUCACGGAGGAUCUUACGUGAACGGCGACUCCGCAAAUGAUGUUGUCAACGGCCAGAAGCUUGUAGAACAGGGAAUAGUUGUAGUGACUAUCAAUUACCGAGUUGGUCCGUAUGGAUUUUUCUGUUUAGAUGUCCCUAAUGUGCCAGGUAACCAGGGCCUCAAAGAUCAAUACUCAGCUCUUAAAUGGGUGAGACAGAACAUUGUUCAUUUCGGGGGAAACCCUUACAAUGUGACGAUCGCAGGAGAAAGCGCUGGAGCGGCGUCUGUAUUGUACCAGGUUUACGCGAAGAAAGAAAAGUUAUUCAACAGAGCUAUAGUAGAGAGUGGAUUGCCACAAACUCCUGCUUUGCACACUGUGGGCGAUCCAGAGGCAGCUGUGAAAGUGGCUAGAUAUCUGGGACUCAAUGCAAACGACACUGAGCAAGCUCUCGAGUUCUUAUCUAAGUCCUCAACAGACUUGGUGAUCGCUGCUGUGAAUGACUUAGACCUGCUUCUCACACCUUGCAAAGAAAGGUCUUUUAGCGGGGUCGAAAAUUUCCUCGAAGAUAACCCCUUUUCUGCCGAACCGUCUAGCAAGAUUAAAAACAUGGAGAUCCUUAUCGGAGUUACUACUUGCGAAUGGUGUGACCUUACAGAGAGAGAUCCUUCGUUUGUUGACUUCUACCUCAGUUUAGCCUUCGACUUUGAUAGUGUUACUUUGAACAGAGCGACUGAAGCUAUUAAGCAUUUCUACUUCGGCGAUGAAGAUGUAAGUGAGAAGACAGGAGUGCUCCUAGAUACAUUAUUGUCGGACUAUCUGUUUAUCUACCCAACAGAAAUAGCCGUAGCUAAAUUGUUAAAAGAAGGGGCUGGUCCAAUAUACAGUUACGUGUUUAAUUAUGUGAGUGAGAACGACAAAGCAGAACUCAACCACGCCAAGCAUACUGCUGAACUGAAGUACGCGUAUGCUAAUGGCUACGAGAAUUUCAAUGACGAUGAAAAACUGAUCUCGGACCGACUCACUCAGUUGUGGGCUAAUUUCAUUAAAUACGGAAACCCAACUCCGUCGAAGACAGACCUGGUUCCUCUGACCUGGGAGCCAGUCUCAGGGUCCUCUCGGCCCUAUCUGAAGAUCGACCUGGACCUCACCAUAGAGCAUCGCUUCAGGCAGGAGAGUGUGGCCUUCUGGGACCUCUUUUACAGUAACUUUAAGCCGUACCAUAAAUUUUCUAGAGAGUGCCAUCUAGAAUAGAGAUUACCUACAGUUUUCCUAUGAUUUGAAUUAUAGGUCAUAUUCCCUGAAAUAUAUAAGUCCUAAUACCUAUUCAUAAUAUGUAGCAGGUAGGUACUUACCUAGGUAAAGAAUCUACAUAUUAUAGGUACCUAAUUUAUAUAUGGGCAGUUCUUACACAUAAAAUUGAUACUUAAAUGAUUACUUUGUAAAUUGUGCAAUAAAGAAUGAAAUAAAAUAAAUACAACAAAA